AGUGACUUGCCGGGCCGAUCAAGCCGCGCAGAGGAGAGAUCGACCCCCGGCCCCCACCUCGGGGCGGCGAUGGCCGCCGGCGACACCGCGACGGUCUUCCUGGAGACGACCCUCGGCACCCGCAUCGUCGUCUCCUUCCCCGCCGGCGCUACCACCGUCGCCGACCUCAAGGGCCGAGUGAGCGCGGAGCACGCCGCCUGUUUCCCCCGCACCGGGCCAAUCGCCGUCACGUCCUUGCAGGUUAAGCUCGAUGGCUCCUGGUUUCAGCUCACCGAUUCUAUGCCUGUGCGAGCUGCUUUCGAGUGGGUUAAGGGGCCCUGGCGCCUCCUGGCUGAGGCUCAUGAGCUUCGCUCUCAUCCGCUUGCUCGCAAGGAUGCCAAGUGUGGAACUAGUGAUGCUGAACCAAGUGCUGGCCGUCCUCUCAUCUCCGAGAACCCCACGCAGACGCAGUACUUGUUGCCUCCUGCAGGGUCUCAGGGAGGUGUCAGUCUUGCCUCUGGUGGUGGCGUCAGUGACACCCCACAGAUAAAUCAGCAGGAUAAACCUCAGGAAGGUGAUGAGCAUGCCUUGGGUCAGGGCAAAGAUGGAACUACCAUGCCACAGAAAAGUUCAGAUCUUGAUUUAGCCGCAGGCGACAGUGACACCCUACUGCCGAACCAGGAGGACAAACCUCAGGAAUGUCUUGAUCUUGCCUCUGGUCAGAUCGAGGAUGGAAUUACCAUGCCUCAAGAAAGUUCAGAUAUUGAUUUAGCUACAGGCAACAGUGGCACCCCACUGGCAAACCAGGAGGACAAACCUCAGGGAUGUGUUGAGCAUGCCUCCGGUCAGCUCGAAGAUGGAAUUACCAUGCCUCAAGAAAGUUCAGAUAUUGAUUUAGCCACAGGCGACAAUGGUACCCCACUGGCAAACCAGGAGGACAAACCUCAGGAAUGUGUUGAGCAUGCCUCCGGUCAGCUCGAAGAUGGAAUUACCAUGCCUCAAGAAAGUUCAGAUAUUGAUUUAGCCACAGGCGACAAUGGCACCCCACUGGCAAACCAGGACAAACCUCAGGAAUGUGUUGGGCAUGCCUCCAGUCAGCUCGAAGAUGGAAUUUCCAUGGCUCAAGAAAGUUCAGAUAUUAAUUUAGCCACAGGAGACAGUGGCACCCCACUGGCAAACCAGGAGGACAAACCUCAGGAAUGUGCUGAGCAUGCUUCCGGCCAGCUCGAAGAUGAAAUCAUCACGCCUCAAAAAAGUUCAGAUUUUGACUUAGCAGCAGGCGACAGUGACGCCCCACCAAUGAACCAGCAGGACAAAUCUCAUGAUGCUGUUGACCAUGCCUCUGUUCAGAGUGAAGAUAAGCCUACCAUGCAUCAAGAAAGUUCAGACCUUGGUGCAGCAGUAGGCAAAGGGAAUGGUCCUGUUGGGGGUCAACAAAAGGACAUCAUCACAGAACUAAGAGGGAAGAAACGUGUUAGGGAGGAAGAUAAAGCCAAUGAAAGCAUCGUUGUAAACUGUGGUGACAAUCUUUCCUCUCUUGCUAACUCCACUUGUAAUGCUGAAUUAUCUAAGAAAAAGAGUUGUGUGACUGAGCAAGCAAAAUUGAACAGUGUCCCCUUGCAAUAUGAUUUGGAAGACCAUUCACAUGGUUUGGGGGAAAAUCCCUCUGGUGGCCAGAAGGAGACCUCGACAGCUAGUGUGCAUAAUGUUGAAAGCAGAAACAAUGAAUCAGAUAUCCCACCUGGGAUUGAGUCCAUGGAAAGAGGAAAGUCUUCAGACAGAGAAGUGAAGACAAAUAGAGGUGACGAGGAACCACGGAUAGCUGGAUGUGGUGGUGAAAGCAGCUGCAAAAGAACAGAUGAUCCACACUGUGUUGAAUCGAUGAAAGAAGAUGUCAAGGGGCCAGUUUCCAAUAGCCAUUGUCAUGACAAAGGGAAAAAUGAAGGAGCCACAUCAGAUGAUAACAUAGAACGGAUUUGUUUCAGAAGAAGGCACAAGCGGAUUGUUGUGCGCAAAGUGCCUAUAAGCAAGGCAAUAAAGAUAUAUCCUAUCAGCCAUUCUUUUGGAGUUCAUGAAGUGGACGAAUGGGAUCAGCUUGCUGACACGUGCUGUAUCUUUUGAUUCGAAUCCAAGGUUGCUGAGAAAGCUGAGGACAAUUGAGAGAAAAUGGCAAAUGGUUUUGAGUAUAACCAUGCAUCUGAACCAGUGCAUUAGUGAGUGUUUCAUCAAGUAACAGUUGGAACCUGAGUUGUACCCAAGUUGUAUUCAAAUGGUUGUACGUGUAGCAUGGUCACCAAGAAGCUCAAUAGCAUCUGCCCCUCUAAACUCAUGAUCCAAUGGUGUAGUUCAUUAGGUUAUUUAAGGUAUAAUUCCAAUUUCUGAUGAACUUCUUACUACGGUCAUUCAAGACCAUGGUAUAAGAUGCUCAAUUGCUCAUCAUGGCUGACUUAUGGAGCUUGAUGCAACUUAAACAAUCUAUAUUUAGCUGGAAUGUCCUCAUCGGUUUAUUGCUGUAUCAAUUUUAUGUCAACCUGAUUUUGUUCAUGAACUUCCUUCUAGGAUUUUUUUGGCAA